CCCAACCACAUAAAGAAAAAGAACCCAACACAACCAAAAGCACCAACCUACACAAACUAUUACAAACCAUCUCCUGUUAUUCUCUCUUUCUUUAUUCACCAAAAACUUUGAAACCCAUCACCCCAACCAAAAUGGGUGCACCACUCCAGCUGCUGGUCCAAAUCUUGAUGACCCUCCAGCUAGCCAGGGCUGCCACAAUGACCGGCAGCUGGUGCGUGGCUCGGAGCGACGCUAGUGAUGAUGCAUUGCAGGCUGCUCUGGAUUAUGCAUGCGCUUCUGGAGCUGAUUGCAAUCCUAUUCAGCCCUCUGGGCUCUGUUUUUUGCCUAAUACUAUCCAGGCUCAUGCUUCUUAUGCUUUUAAUAGCUUCUUUCAGAGGAAGUCUAUGGCUCCUGGCUCCUGUGACUUCUCUGCUACUGCCACCGUUGCCAAAACUGACCCCAGUUAUGGAUCUUGUGUGUAUCCAUCUUCAUCAAGCACAGCUGGAGGGACACUUCCACCCGCAACUGAUACAACUACACCAACUGCAGUUCCCCUCGCAGACGUACCACCACCACCACUUGGCACUUCACCAACUUUUGGAACUACGGGAAUGAACCCAGGUGCACCGUUACCUGAUGCCCCACCUUCUGUGGCUUCAGCGGAGUCGUCAGUAACAAGAAUGUUGAUUCAUCUUUCUUUCUCUCUAAUUCUCUUGUUUGUGUUUUAACCUAAGUAGAUCGGUCUUUGAAGCUUAGCUGGAUUAUCGUGAUAUUAUGAAGAUUAGAUUAGUACAAUUUUGUUAGAAAUUGAAGCCAUCUUUGUAAAAACUUUAAGUUGGUUCUUCUCUUCUACAGCUAGAAAUUUAUUGGUGGCGGUUAAUAUCAAAUUUAGGUAUAAAAAAACCCACGUUAGUUAGCCAUGUCAAGGUCUAACAAAUUCAGUCCAAUUUCUUUGAUUUAUCUAGUGCAAAUUUCAGCCUUAAA